AUGACCAAUCCCGAUCACCUGGAGUUCCCAUCGGGAGCUCAACUCGAUUAUCUCGCUGAGGGGGGCGCGAAUGUAAUCUACCGAAUCAUAUGGGCGCCAGCGACAGCGACAGCAGGGCCUAAGCAGAAGGAUGCUAUGCCUAGUAAUGAACAGAUGAGUAUACCUCCCAUGCUGCGGGGGAAAUUACUCCGACUACGCAAGGACACAAAAUCUAGCAUCUCGUACCAGGAGAUCUCGCGCAACUUUGAUAGAAUAAUUCGACCGUUGUUCCAGUCCGAGGAGGUAGUGGAUCAAACGCUCGUCCAACUCCCUAGGGGACUGGUGCAACAGUGCAACGAGCGGCUACGUGCAGCUGAACUCAACGGCACGCGUCCUCACAGACGAUGCGGGGUGUAUCUCUCGCUGAAUGAGCCGUUUGGCUUGCUAGUGACGGACAUGACAACAUUUAACGACCCAGGAAUGAUUAUGGCAGAACUAAAACCCAAAUGGCUCCUCCAAUCCCCGUCUGCACCACUUGAUGCGCGACGAUGUCGUACCUGCGCACUACGGGACAUGAAGAACUACGAGUCGCGGAAAGCAUGCGGGUCGGAAGAUAAAUCAUUCUGCCCUCUUGGCCUUGUCUCGGAUAGGUCCGAGCAUGUAUUGCGCGCAACUCGGUUCGUCAAGGGAUGCCAAGACCAGGAUCGUCUCGCGCGGUUUUUACACCGGAAUAGCACGUUGUUGAAGCUUCAAGCACACCAGGAAGCUAUGCGGGAUGUUGGUCUGCAUGGACAGUCAGCGCAGUCAAAAGAGAGGUCGCUUGCUAUGACUUUGAGAGACUGCACUAUGUUUAUCAAGAUGCCAUUGGACGGAGAAGGACCCGUCGAAGUCCGUCUAGGAGACCUCGAUCUGAAGACAGGAGCUGGGGGCAAGGCGCAAUAUUGGCUUGAUUUGGAGAAUCGACUUAUCUCACAAGGUUGGUAUUCGGGGACCAACUGUGGACAGGCCUCGAGCGAGUGCGUCUUGCAGAGCCUACCGUUGAAGCAUUAA